AUGUGGCCUUUGAGAAUCGUGGCUCUUUCGCUUUUCGUCCAUUCGGCACUCAGUAAUGGUGGUUAUGUUGUGGCCCCGUCAUCCUCUUCUUCUCUUUCAUCUCCGUCUUCAUCCGUCGAAACAUCCGUCACUUCAUCGCUUUCUUCUCAACCAGCUCCCGCUCUUCCCGAUGAUUACAAUGCUCUUCCAUCUGCUGCCAUUGAGUCUUUCUCUGAGACUCCAUCAACCGUAAGUGACUCUUCGAAUUCCAUCGAAACAGUCGCCGCUCCAGCAGCAGCUCCGUGUGGUGACACCACAUCGGCGGCCAUAGCUCCUACUACCGUUGCUGAAAUCCCAGCCUCAACGGGUGGUUUGUAUGCAACUCCGACGCAACGUUUGAGAGUAAUGGCAGCACGGCGAUUGGCUGCUGUGCGCAUUGCUGCAGCAAGAAGAAGAGUGGCUGUUGUGAGAAGAGCUGUCAUGGCGAGGAAAGCAGUCGUUGCAAGAAGAGCCGCUGUCAUGGCAGCAGCUGCAAAAAGACGAGUUGUUGUCGCUCGACGAGUUGCCGCACGACCUAAUCCCCCGGAUGUCUCAAAUGGAGAUCAGUGUUUCCUUUUACGAUCAAACAGUCUUUGGUAUCCCCAGCACUGUCUUCGUUUCACCGACUACGCCCUUUGCGAGGAAAUCUCAACAGUGGCCACUUGUGGAGAUUAUCAAGAAGUUGAUGGGAUAUGUUUACAAGUAAAAAUGGAUCCCCUUUCAUUUAACGACGCCGAAAAGGAUUGCCGACACGAUGGAGGGAAUCUUGUCUCAAUUCAUGAUUCAACGAUGAAUUCGAAUGUUUACGAUGAAAUGCAUUUGGGUGGAGUGACAACAGUUGGAUGGAUUGGAUUACAACAAAUAGCGAAUGUCCUCUCGUGGACUGAUGGAACAAAAGUCGAUUACAACAAUUUACCUACGCCAAAAAAUGCGGACGGUUGUUUCACGAUGUCGAUGGUUGCAUUUCUUUAUCCGAAACAAUGGAUAUCCGAGGAUUGUUCGAUCACUUUUCCAUACGUUUGUCAACGAGAGAAAUCGGUGAAUCCAGUAACAAAAGCUCCACCAACAACCACAAUUUCCCCGUCAGUUUGUGGACAAAACGAGUUUCGUGGAGCCUCGGGAAUAAUCAACUCUCCCGGUUAUCCUUCUUAUUUCCAUGAUGAUGAUUGUUAUUAUCAAAUCAACGGAACCCUCAACGCGAUCAAUAUUGAUGUGUCGAAAAUCUCUGGGCCUACAUACUGGCGUCUCGACAUCUACGCCGGCUCGUACGCAUAUCAGAAUAUGAGAAUUUACAGUAUUUCGUCGUUGGAUCCAUCUCGUCCCCUUCAAUACUCAUCACCGAUUCCCUAUAUGUACAUUCAUUUUCAAGCUGAUCCCGAAAAUUAUGGGACACCAUUUCAAAUGACAUGGACAACAACGAUCAAUCCACAAUAUUCAUUGGGUGAUCUAACCGGUUCAACAAUUCUUCCACCCCAAUCCAUCCCUACUACUCAUCCACUUUGUGAUGAUGUCUGGAUUUACGAUGAUGUCAGAAAUAUUUGUCUCGGUUUUACACAAGCUCUUAAAUGGGAUACUUCCCGUGCUCUUUGUGAACAACAGAACGCUCAACUAUUAUCGAUUCACGAUUUUGCCGAAGAACAAAAUCUUAUCGGCCUUCUCGAUAAUCUUUACCAUCCUGGUGGAUAUCAAUUGUGGAUUGGUGGAAAUUGGAUGGCCGGCUAUUGGCGAUGGACUGAUAACUCCAACUUCCAAUACCAAGAUUUUGUCAAUGGCGACACAAGUAAUGCUAACGGAAAUUGUCUCACAAUCGAAUAUUAUUAUGCAGCAAAAACAAAAGGCUGGAGAGCUGCCGAUUGUACUCUCGAUCUUCAGGCGAUUUGCUUUAAGCCUCCAAAGCAACAAAAAGCA